AUGGACGAUAAGAUAAUGUGUGGUCAAAACGAGGUCCAAUAUGCCUCAGCAGCCUAUUCACGCCAGACUGCUGUCGUCGGAAAUGUCAUGAAUAAAGCUGAGAUACUUGAUGCGAUUAUCCUUUUUAACGAGAGUGCAAGCUCGGAACAAGACAAGUUCCCGCAGAAAAGAGCUGCAGCUGAGAAAGUUCUCAGAAUGAUGUUUACCGCGGGCGUAUUCCAUGGCCAUUGUUCGAAAGGGCUAUCACUUGUGCUGUUACUGGCUUCUUUUGCUGCUGCGAUACCUAUCAGCGCAGAGAUGUUAUUCAUGAAGUCAUUCAAAGUCCGAUACGUCUGUGAAGUAGCAAGUGGAACUUCGAUGAUAUAUACACUGGCUCGCGUGCUCAUCUAUGCAGGAUGCUUGAGCAUAAUUCUUGUGUGUGCUUCGAUUAUUUUCGGAAAGCGAGGUGUUUUGUUAGCGUGCAUUUUCAUCCUGGUGGAAGGACCAUACAUUUUGUUGUGCUUUGCACUUGAAAUAUCCUACAGUACUCUUUUUGGCGCUGGUCUUAGCAUACCACAAGAUGUAGACACAUUCAUCACGUGGCUGAAGUUUCUGUUCCCAAUAUUAUCGCCGAUCACGAUUUUAUGCUGGUGCUCAGAUAUUUCCGCUAGUGUAAAAGAACUGUUCCUUUGCCGCUCAUACGAUCCUCCGAUGAUUGGGCCCAACAUCAGUGGAUACAGAGGCAUGGGAGCAGCAAAAGGUUUCGUGACAUUGUUGGCAACAACUGAUGGUCUGCCGUUGAAACUGCGAACUUCUCGUCCUGCUUCAACAAUGGCUAACAUUUUAUCGCAUCCUAUGACCAGCCCUACAUAA